AUGACCACCACCUGCAAGCCAGAGCUGGGAUUCAUCUCAGUAACUUGGAGUGACCGGGACAAUGACUUUGCUGGCCAGGAGAAUGUCAGCCCAAAGGUGAAGCACGCCAGGAACUGCCCCAUCGACUGUGCUUCCGUUUACUACAAUGGGCUCCGGCGGUCCGGUGUCUACAGCAUCAUGCCCUCUGUUGGAGGGAUGCCUAUUGAAGUGCUGUGUGAGAUGGACACCGAAGGUGGGGGCUGGACAGUCAUCCAGCGGCGUCAAGAUGGCACAGUUGACUUCAACCGGACCUGGAAUGACUACAAAGAGGGCUUUGGGGACCUCAAUGGAGAGUUCUGGCUGGGCAAUGAGAACAUCCACAAAAUGACGAGCCAAGGGGACUACUCUCUGCGCAUCGACCUGGAGGACUGGAACAACAAGCACAAGCAUGCCUUCUACCAGGUCUUCAGCAUUGAGGACGAGGCAAACUAUUACCGCCUGCAUGUGGACGGGUUCAGCGGGACGGUGGAGGAUUCCUUUGCCUGGUACCACAACAAGAGGAGCUUCAGCACACCCGACUCGGGGAACAUCUGCGCCGAGAUCUCCCACGGAGGCUGGUGGUACCACCAGUGCUUCUUCUCCAACCUCAAUGGGGUGUACUACAAGGGCGGCCGAUACUCCAUUAAAAACCGAAAGGUCCUGGGUCCGGAUGGUAUCGUGUGGUACUCAUGGAAGGACACAGACUACUACUCCCUGAGGAAGGUGGUCAUGAUGAUUCGACCACGCACUUUCCGGCCCCACCUCUCCCCGUGA